AUGCAGUAUGGUCCCAAGAUCGAAUGCCCCUUUUCAACAGUUACCGCAUCUUUCUACCACUUUGUUACAUCUUUUCCUGAAAAUAUUGCCCUCCACGAUCUGUCUGGUGCUACCACUCAGCAGACCACAUACCGCCAACUCGCCAUUCGGGCUCAGGCCCUCGCCACAAAGCUCCGAAGCCUUGGUGUUCGCCCCCACCAGAGAAUUCCUCUCGUUGUCAAGAGGAGCUCUGAGAUGGUGGUAGGCAUCUGGGCAAUUCUCUCUUGUGGUGCCCAAUAUGUUCCUCUCGAUGGCGGUGUUGUUCCCGACUCGACCAUCCGGCACGUUUUUGAACAAUCUGGUGGCAACAUCAUCUGCUGUUUAACGUCUACCGUUCACCGGAUCCGAGAUCUCUGCCCUAGUGCCUCUCCAGUCAUUAUUGAUCAGCAAGAGCUUGACAGUAUGCCGCAUGAGGAGAAAUGGGUGGAUUUGGCCACUUCAGACAGCGGAUGCUACAUCAUUUACACAUCUGGUACAACUGGCAAGCCCAAAGGGGUUGACGUGACACAUAAAAAUGUUGCCAAUCUUGUUUGUAUGUCUCCCGGUAACUUGGGUAUUCGACCAGGUAAUCGGGUGGGACAAGUCCUCAACAUUAGCUUUGACAUGGCCGCCUGGGAGAUCUUUGCAUGCCUGUGCAAUGGAGGCACCCUUGUCAUUCGAGGUUCCAAAUGGGAACCCGCUAUUGAGCUGCUCGAUACUUUGAUUUGCACACCAACAAUCUUGUCUAAAUACCCUCCUACCAAGUACCCCAACAUCAAAGUUGCCGCGACAGCUGGAGAGCCUACAUCUCAAGAUCUCGCUGAUCUAUGGGCCAAACAUGCAAUUUACUGGAACAGCUGUGGCCCUACGGAGACGACCAUUGUCAACACCAUGCAGAAGCACAUUGUUGGGGAUGGCUUGUCCAUCGGUCGCCCCACUCCCAAUAACAACGUCUACAUCCUCGAUGACAAUGGGAGUCCUGUGCCGGUAGGCGAACCUGGUACUAUGUGGGCCGGCGGGUAUGGAGUGUCUCGCGGCUACGUUGGCCUCGAGGCCAAGACAAAGGAGUCUUACAUUCCAGAUCCCUUUACCAAUGACGGAUCCAAAAUGUAUUGUACCGGCGACUUGGGCCUGUGGCGGCCUGAUGGCUCCAUCGAGAUCUUGGGUCGCGCUGACGACCAGGUUAAAGUCAAAGGCUUCCGUGUCGAGCUGGAUGGCGUUUCUUCGUCAAUGGCCUCUGCGCCAGGCGUCACCCGUGCAUGUGCCCUCCUUAUCGAUGGAGAGAUCCAUGGUUUUGCUGUCCCGUCCAACCAGGAUCCAGGAGCCAUCCUAGAGCACACUCGUAGACUUCAGCCAUACUAUGCCGUGCCGUCUAAUGUUCACUUGCUGGAUGAAUUCCCUACAACCGCCAAUGGCAAGAUUGACAAGAAAUCUCUCCGCAUGCUGGCCAGUGGACCAGCUUCUCCUACCAUUUCGGAAUCAUCGACUGUUUUCAGCACAACAGUCCAAUCAGCAACUCUGUCAAAAGCACUCAGUGGCAAGUCGAAGAUUGACCUCUCCCGCGAUGUCCCCGAUAAGAAGUGGCCCAAACCCUGGAGGGGCCUCAGAAAACGUGUUCUCAUUCCUUAUCGAUUUCUCUUCAGCUUUGUCGGCUUCCUCAAUAUCGGAGUGCUCAUUGCCAUUCUUGUCCUUCGCCCCAGAGUGGAAUGGCUCGCAACCAUCACAGCUGCGAACCUUGUCACCGGCGUACUCAUCCGCCAAGAUGUCGUCAUCAAUAUGCUCUACACCACGUUCUGCUCUGUCCCCAAAUCGUUCCCAUUCUGGAUUCGCCAACGCUGCGCAAAGAUCUACCACCUUGGCGGAGUCCACUCCGGUGCCGGUAUCUGCGCCACUGCAUGGCUCCUCGCAUCUACCAUCCAAGCUACUGUUGCGCGCUUCCAGCUAGACGGACCGCCAUCUAGAGCCUCUCUGGCCAACCUAGUCGUCUCUUGGCUGCUGUGUGGUCUCUGCUGCUUUAUUGUAGCGGCUGCUUGGCCUCCCUUUAGGAAGGCUAAUCACGACAUGUUUGAGAAGAUGCACCGCUUUCUCGGAUGGUCUGCACUUGCUCUUUUCUGGGCCAAGACGGUUGUCUCUGUUUACGACUCGACACCAGCUGGUCAGAGUUUCGGGCAUGCCUUGGCCAAGACUCCAGCCCUUUGGAUGCUCAGCGUGGCCACCUUUAGCGUUGCCUUUUCUUGGUUCUUCCUCCGCAAGGUCAAGGUCAACGCUGAGCCGCUGUCGGAGCAUGCUGUCCGCUUGCACUUUGACUAUACAGUUCCUGUGAAUGGCAGCUUUACGCGAAUCUCCCACCGUCCGCUCUUUGAGUGGCACUCUUUUGCGACGAUCCCAGCCCCGCAGCCAGACCUCGAGGCGGGCAUCUCGGCAGGUUAUUCUCUGGUGGUAUCAAACGCUGGCGAUUGGACCAAGCGGUGCAUUCGAAACCCUCCCACUAGCAUCUGGGUCCGUGGUCUCCCAGCAUGCGGAGUCAUGCGCAUUGCCACGCUGUUUAACCGCGUUGUCGUGAUUGCCACGGGAUCUGGGAUUGGCCCCAUGCUGGGUCAUAUCGGACACCCAAGCUGUCCCACUCAGCUCAUCUGGUCAACCCCGUCUCCCGAGAAAACAUUUGGGAAGAAGAUCAUCGAUACCAUCAAAGGGUCCAUCCCUGGCGCCAUCAUCCACGACACCCGAACCCAGGGCCGGCCCGACCUUGUUCGCAUGGGUUAUAACAUGGUCAAGGAGUUUAACGCCGAAGCCGUUAUCAUCAUUGCCAACGAGAAAAUCACUAAAAAGGUUGUAUAUGGCCUAGAGACUCGAGGUGUUCCCGCUUUUGGCGCCAUUUGGGACAGUUGA